AUGAGGAGACUAAUGUCUAAUAUUCUCAUCUUAUCUAUGUUUUCGCUAAUAAUGUUUGAUAUUUUUGGCUGCAUCUGGCGUUGUAUCGCCCUCGUUUCGAGCCAGAAUACUUUUUUUGCUAUUGAAAAUUUUGAAAAAUGAGUUUAUUACCAAAAAUUUUAACUAUAAAAUUUUAAUUAAAACUUAAAAAUAUUUAG